AUGGAAGGGGGAAGAUCUGUUAUUGUUGAGAUACUCGCUUCGGCAACCAGGGAUGUCCUGCCUGCGGGGUACAGCGCAAAGAGCACGAUUCAUGAGUAUGGCGGUGGCUCUUUUGCGAUACACCCGAACGGCAGUUUGAUCUUUACCAAUCAUCCAACAAAUGGUGUAUUCUUGCUUGAUCCGCGGUCUGGGAGAAUCCAGACGAUUGUAACUCCUGAUGAGUCUGAACGUUUCGCCAAUUUCCACAUCUAUCCUCCCACGCAAGAAUGGAUCCUUGCUGUCCAGGAGACGCAUAGAAAGGAUUCGCUGUCAAUCCCGGUGGUUACGAAUAGCAUUGUGGCUAUUCAUACAGCCACCGGCGAAGUAUACUCUGUUGUCCAGGGUGCGGAUUUCUACCAACACCCACAAUUCAGUCCGGACGGAAAGCAAGUCUGCUGGAUUCAGUGGGAUCACCCUGAUAUGCCAUGGACAGGCUCAGUUCUUCAUGUAGCCACAUGGGAAGCAGGAAAGUUAGUGAAUGACACUGUCAUAUCAGGCCAAGCAGGCGUCGAGAGUAUCUGCCAGCCUCGAUGGGGUCCAGACGGUACUCUGUUCUUUGUCAGCGACAAGACGGGUUACUGGCAGCUAUACCGGUUCAACGGCCGUGAAGCACAAUUAAUUGACCUGAAAGGGCUCGAGUCAGCUGAAUUUGGGAGCAGAGAACCGUGUCUGGGCAAGUAUGUUCGAUUCUAA